AUGAUCCUCCUGCAAGAAGGAAGACGAACCACUGACCGAAAGACCAAAGACAAGACAUCCUCCGACAAAGAGACGGACAUGUGCGGCGGGGAGGACAUAUCCAAGGCUAGCUUCAUCCUACUACUGGCUUCCCGGGCGCUCCCACUACCUUCCCGACGGCCGGGAGGGGGCCGUCACGAUUUACGGGCGGAAUGGGGGUAUUACCGAUCUGUGAUGGAGGUAAUCUGUCCCUCAGGGUAG